GCCCACACUCGACAAAUCUAAGUUGUGCUCUCAUGGAGAAAUCUCUAUUUCUCAGCAUUUUGUUAGCUUUCUCAGUUCAUUUUUUGACACUUCCCUUCGUUCAUGCACAAGUAACCGACAUUUUCACGGACAAACAAGCUCUUCUUGCCUUGAAAGCUAGUAUAAGCCAUGAUCCAAGCAAUUUGUUGGCCAGCAAUUGGUCCACAAGUUCUUCUGUUUGUCAUUGGAUGGGCAUAACUUGUGGUGCUCGUCACCUUCGAGUAACAGCUUUGAAUAUUUCUCACUUGGGUCUCACAGCCACCCUUCCUCCUCAACUGGGAAAUUUAUCUUUCCUUGCAAGGCUAGACAUCACAAACAACAGCUUUUAUGGCUCUCUCCCUGAGGAAUAUGCUCAAUUACGUAGACUGAAAUACCUUGAUUUGAGUCAUAAUAGAUUGUCGGCUGAACUCCCUGCAAGUAUUUUUGAUAAUCUUCCCAAUUUGCAGUUGCUUUAUUUGCAUUUUAACAUGUUCGAAGGAAAAAUACCAUCGAUCUUAUCAAAAUGCAGAAGCCUGCAAAACUUAUCCUUGUCAUUCAAUAAUUUCACAGGAGCCAUUCCGAAAGAAAUUGGAAACUUGACUCAACUUAGAGAGAUCUAUCUUGGAUACAACAAACUACAAGGAGAAAUUCCAAAAGAGCUUGGUAAUCUUGCAAAACUGGAGCGAUUAUCGCUGCUAAAAAAUUACUUAACAGGAACAAUUCCAAGAGAAAUUGGGAACUUGACAUUAAUCAAGUAUCUAUAUCUAAGCUCGAACAAAUUAUCAGGUGAGAUACUGUAUGAAAUUGGCAAUCUCCAUAGUCUUGAGCUGUUGAAUCUUGCACUAAACCACCUAGUUGGCCCUGUCCCAGCUACUAUAUUCAACAUUUCAACAAUGCAAAUACUUUCAUUGUACAACAAUCAACUCUCCGGAAUUAUUCCAUCAAUUGCAGAGCUUCCAAACCUUGAGGGUCUUUACUUGUGGGGAAACAAUUUCACUGGGCCAUUUCCCAAUUUCAUCACCAAUGCUUCCAAGCUCUCCAUUAUAGAUAUCGCAGAAAACUCAUUCUCAGGCUUUAUUCCUGACACAAUUGGUAAUUUAAAAAAUCUUGAAAGAUUUUAUUUACAACAUAAUUACUUCACAUCUACUCCUGAUCUAAGCUUUCUUUCCAAUUUGACAAAUUGCAAGACUUUAAGAUAUCUAAGCUUAAGCGGAAAUCCACUAAAUAGCAUGCUUCCAGGUUCCAUAGGGAAUCUUUCUUUUUCUUUGGAACAUUUUUGGAUAGAUGAUUGCAACAUUAGUGGCAAACUUCCCAAAGAAAUUGGAAACUUGAAAAACUUGAUAGGUCUAGAAUUACAAGAUAAUGAAUUGAUUGGACCAGUUCCAGUUACCUUGGUUGGAUUGCAGAAUCUCCAAGGUUUAUAUCUUCAAAAUAAUAAAUUGGAAGGACUCAUCCCAGAUAUACUUUGUCAUUUACAUGAAUUGGAUGAGUUGAAUUUUAUGGGAAACAAGUUCAAUGGAGCCAUACCUACAUGUAUUGGCAAUCUCACUGCACUAAGAAAAUUGUUUUUAGGUUCAAAUAGGUUAACUUCUUUAAUACCCUCAACUUUGUGGAGCCUACAGGAUCUCUUGUACUUAGAUUUUUCAUCAAAUUUUCUUGAUGGGUAUCUUCCAUUAGAUAUUGGAAACCUUAAGGUUACAAUAGCUAUAGAUUUGUCAAGGAAUCUAUUUUCAGGAGAGAUUCCAAUUACUAUUGGAAGCCUAGAAAAUCUACAAUCUCUCUCCUUGGGAUACAACAGAUUGCAAGACUCCAUUCUUGAAACAUUUGGCAACAUGAAAAGCCUGGAAUUAUUGGAUUUGUCUGGAAACAACCUUUCUGGUGUGAUUCCUAAGUCUUUGGAGGAUCUCAUGUACGUCAAAUAUCUAAAUUUAUCUUUCAACCAACUAAGUGGGGAAAUUCCUAGAGGAGGGUCCUUCAAAAAUUUCUCAGCUGAAUCGUUUAUGGGGAAUCUUGCAUUGUGUGGGCCUCCUCAACUACAAGUUCCACCAUGCAAAAGAAACACUCAUGGAAAAUCAAGGACUAAAAAGGUUUUCCUAUUGAUUCUUUUGCCAACGUGCAUUGUAGUCUCAUUAGUUGUCCUAGUUCUUAUGUCUUUGUUGAUCCAAAAAAGAAGAACAAGGCCAACUACCAAUGUUGAUUUUUGCCCUGGAGGAACAUGGAGAAAAAUUUCUUAUCAGGAACUUGUGAGAGCAACGGAUGGAUUUAGUGAGAACAACCUACUUGGCAAAGGAAGUUACGGUUCAGUUUACAAAGGAAGAUUAGAUGAGGGAAUGGAGGUUGCAGUAAAAGUAUUCCACUUGGAUUUUGAAGGAGCUCUUACAAGUUUUGAAACUGAAUGUGAAGUGAUAAGAGUUGUUCGUCAUCGAAAUUUUGUCAAAAUCAUCAGCAGCUAUUCAAAUGAUGAUUUUAAAUCUUUGAUACUUGAAUACAUGUCUAAUGGGAGCCUGGAGAAAUUGUUGUUUUAUGAGAAGAAUCUUUGGAAUAUCUUCUUUUUGGCUAUUCAAUCCCAAUCAUUCAUUGUGACAUAA